CCCACCUCCAAAAUUCUUCGGUAUGUUCUCAUUUAAUUACUAUGUAUAAUUUCUUGCUCGACCAAUUAAGAUUGCUCCCAUUGUCAGACAUGCCUACCUAUUCUAGUUUCUUUGUUAUCACAUGUGUCCGGGUACUUUAACGUAGGUAGGUAUCCACACUGGACCUCCUACCUAUUCAUCUAUAAAAGCUUGUUAUGAUUCCCCCCUGAUUAGGUACAAUACGUAAAGCUGUGGGUGGGCAGCCACAGGCUCAUAACCUAGGUUAAAGUUCAUCACGGAAAAACAAAGCGGCUAUCUACAUAGUAGAAUAUUAUCUUUAUAAAUGCUCCACCAUCGUGAAUACGGAAUUUCGGUCAUCGCGGAGGUAACGUGACUUGGAAUCAAGUUUCGGCGAUACCAAGUAUACAACGUAACUAUCGUGAAUCAUUCCGACAUAGGACAUUGCCAUUUGAACCCCAGGUUUUAUAACUUGCCAACAUGUAAAACCCGCCAAUAGGCAAAAGAGAUGGUCGAAGUAUAUAACCAGCCGGGUACGGCGAAAUUACGGCCCACGGGUUGAAGAUAAUCCCGAUGCGGCAGAUGAAGCCCUCACGACGAAUUUUCCCCGCAUUUCAUUUCAUGUGGCGUUUGGAGUCUACCUAGUCUGUCCCUGUCUCUUCUGCCUUGUCUGUCUGUUUAUACCAUUCCAGACGGGUUAGGUUAGGCAACAGGUCAGGCCAAGUAUCAACUCACCUCCAUCAACCAUGGAAACCCAUGUAAGCGACGUGCUAAUCUGCGGCGGCGGUUCCGCCGGCCUAUGCGCCGGGGUAUGGCUCGCGCGCAGCGGCGUCCGCUUCCGGAUCCUGGAGCAGCGGGACGGCCCGCUGAGGAAGGGGCAGGCCGAUGGCGUGCAGUGCCGGACUACGGAGAUAUUCGAGAGCUUCGGCCUUUCGGAUGCGCUCCUCGGCGAAGCGUACCAUUGCUCCGAAGUGGCGUUCUGGGCUCCGGAAGAUGACGGUCGCAGUGGUGAUGGCGGUGGCGGUGGUAGGGGUGGUAGUAGGGGCGGUAUCCGACGCACUCGUUACACCCCUGAUAGGCAGCCCGGUGUAAGCCACAUGCCGCAUGUCCUCCUUAACCAGGCGAGGAUGAACGAGUUGCUCACGAGGGAGAUGGAGAGUGCGGCGGGGAGGCCGUGCGUCGAGUACGGCUGCAAGGUCUUGGGCGUAGAAGUUGAUAGCAAAGGUGCUCGAGACCCGGAUGCGUAUUGUGUUACCGUGGCAGUAUCGAAGAACGGGAUCGAGCGAAGAUAUCGUGCCAAAUAUGUUCUAGGUAGUGACGGAGCUCAUAGUGCCGUCCGGAAGUCCCUCGGCUUCAAAAUGAUCGGCGACACAAGCGAUUCCGUCUGGGGCGUGAUGGACAUCUAUCCGCGAACCAACUUCCCCGAUAUCCGCAAGAAGGCUGUGAUCCAGUCGGCUGCAGGCAACCUUAUCAUUAUACCGCGAGAAGGGGACCUCCUAGUUCGCUUUUACAUAGAGCUGAAUAACGUCGCCGCGAAAGACGUCACGCUAGAAGCGCUUCACGAAAAGCUCCGGCGAAUUCUCCAGCCGUACGAUCUGGAAGUAGCCGGGACAGAAUGGUGGUCGGCCUACUCUAUCGGCCAGCGCCUAGCCGACCAUUUCCACAAGGACUACCGUGUCUUCCUCGGCGGCGACGCGUGCCAUACCCAUUCCCCCAAGGCCGGGCAGGGGAUGAACGUCAGCCUACAGGACGGCUACAAUAUCGGGUGGAAGUUAGCGGCGGUGAUCCGAGGCCAGGCUUCGCCGGAGUUGCUUGAGACGUACGUCUCGGAGCGGCAGAAGACCGCCGCGGAGUUGAUCGAGUUCGAUCGGUACUGGUCCAAGCUCUUCUCGUCUUCGUAUCGCAAGGAGCAGGGCAUUACCCCGGAGCAGUUCCACGACAAGUUCCUCCUGUCCGCUCGGUACACCGCUGGCCAGGCUGUUAAUUAUGAUGACUCGAUAAUAGUUUCUGCGAAAACGAGUGAGACGUCUUUGGCUACUGGCUUGACUGUUGGGAUGAGACUGCCCAGUGUCCCAGUAAUCCGCUUCAGUGAUGCUCGCGUAAUGCAGCUCGUCCGAUUCUUACCGGCCCAGUCCUGGUGGCAUGUCUUGGUGUUUCCCGGGGAUAUACGUGAUCCUAAGACUUUGGCGCGGUUACAAAAUUUUUCAACGGGCCUACAAAAGAUUGUUGAAGCUUUUACCCCACCGGACGUCGAUCGCGAUGCGGUUAUCAACCCUAUACUCCUAUUCUCGUCAGGGCGUACAGAAGUUGAACCGGACCAGAUCCCUCCUGUAUUUACACCUAUUGUAAGCAGAUGGAAGAUGAAGUGUAAGCGAACAACAUCCUUUUCUCAUUGGAGACUAAAGUAUUGCAUAUUAAUACAUUAGGUGCCUACCUAUGCGUAGCUCUCACCAAAGUUUUCUCCGACGACGAUGGAUACAACUUAACAUCUGGCCACGCUUAUGAAACUUAUGGCAUAGAUACGAAUCAAGGUGCUGUAGUCAUUGUCCGGCCAGAUCACUAUAUCUCUAAGAUCUGCUCACUA